AUGUAAGCAAUUUUGUCAGGAAUUAUGAACUUGUUAAAGAAUAGAAUUAGAGUAGAGUCAUUAAAAAGAUUUUUCAAAAUUUAGAUGAAAUAUAUAAAUAUAAUUGCCAGAAAAUUUGAAUGUUGUUAUCAAUUUUUAAAGAUUUUUUAGAUCGGUAGUAGUAGUCAUUUUAAUAUUAUAUUUUUGCGCAAAAAUACUGUAAAUUUAAAAAUGCUUUUAAUAAUUCAUUUAAAGAAAGCUAAACCUUUUAUAUAAAAAAUGAAGAUUUUUAUCUUUCCUUCUUUUCUUAGUAUGAUGUAAUAUUGA